AUUCGCCAUUUACCCCAGAUUUUGCCGUAUUAGUACUAGCCUCGUCGUAACCCUUGUCAGAAUGUAAAGUGAGUUCGGAUUUGCUGGUCUGCCUCGUGCUCACGCAUCAUUACAUCUCUCCACCUCAGCACCCCCUUCCCCUCCUUUCUCGAACCAUCAACUUCAGUUUCUCAUUUUUCAACCACGAGCCUGUAAUGCAUCCACAACAUCCAUAAUGGUCAAAUUCUACGAAUCGAACUUCUCUUACGACUACUCCUUUCCGGCCGUCACCCUAGCCUACUUCCUCCGCUACCCAAACCCGUACAGCACACAUGUAUUGUCAACAGACGUCAUCUCACGAGAAGUAGAUGCCAAUGGCCGUCUUCGCACCCUUCGAAUCCAUCGAAAAUCGUCAAGAUUGCCGUCUGCCGUCUUGAAACUACUUCCAAAGAGCGUCCUUGGAAACAUCAGUGGCGGCAAAUCGGAAAGCUAUAUUCUCGAGACGAGUACGAUUGAUGUUAAAGAGGGAUGGAUGCAUACCGAAAGCAAGAACUUGGAUUGGACUGGUAUAUUGAGUGUCGUUGAGCGGCAGGAGUAUCGGAGGCACGUGCCCGUCGAUGAGGGGGAUGACUUCAGUAUUGGGGCUGGGACCACCGGAGUUGUAACCACAGUCAAGUUUAGGAGCAGACUUGGAGAGAGAUUCAGAGCUAGGACGGCCAGAAAAGAUGAAGUGGAAGAAGAGCCGAAACGAAGCUUCCUAGCAGCUUGGAGUACUGGUGGAAUCCAGCGUAGUAUCGAAGCUAUUGCGAGUCGCAAGACGGAAAGCCAAUUGGGCAAGAGCAAGGAGGGCAUGAAAGUGGUAUUGGAAAGGUUGCGUCGAGGAGGCUUGGUUGCGGUUCUUGAUGGUAUGCGAGAGGAUAGGAAGCUCAACUUUGUACAUGAGUGAGCAUUCAAUGGAUGGGAAACUUCGGAAGCACAUGGUAACGACGAAUACUUUGCGAACAUCGGUCAAGCCUUUUUGGCCCUCUUGUACAAAUACACAUUUGGGAGCGCGGAGUCUGGGAAGGGAAAUCUUGGCGUUUGUUGAUAUAGCUCUCCUAUCCAACUAUUUACAAUCUUUGGAAAAUCUUACGCUGCGAAUUUGCCUACUUACCUAGAGACAUGCUGCUUCAAUUUGAAGAACGUGCACAGACAGAAUUUAUAUGAAAAUUCAAAGUCCGUCAGUAAUAGCAUCCUUCAAAGCAACACAAGUUCUCUCCUCUUCAAGUCAAAGUAAAUUGAGCGAGUGGCAAGAAACUAACAUAU